ACACACACACACAAACACACACACACAGAGACACACAGAGUCAGGUCUCAGUAAACAGGCUGGUGAACGUGAGCAGGCAGCAGGACGUAACAGGAACUCUCAGGAGCAGGAUGGUUCUUGGCAGGAGGCUGGACGUCCCGGUGAGCGACGUCUCUCAUAUCAGAGGGAUGUGGGAGGUCCGAGUGAAGAAGUACAGACACAGACAACAGAAGGAGCAGGAGAGGAUCGAGCAGAGCGCUCUCCCAAAGAUCGACCAGCAGUGGCAGUAUCGUAUCUACUGUAAGACGAUGAAGGCCAAGGAACUCAACCUGCGCAUCAUUACCUGCGAGAGAUCUACACUGACUGAUAUACAGCCCUGUACAGGUUGUUGUUGUUUGUUGUGUAUCUGUCAGAAGCGGGAGCAGCAGGAUCAGAAAGAUCCAGAUCAGAGUAAGCUGAGCUUCCAGCUGGAUGGAGAUCAGUGGACGGAGUUCCCCCAGGGAGCUGCAGUGGAUGCGUACCUGAAAGAGUGGCACGUCAGUGGGACGAAGAUCAGCCGGCUGCCGGAGUACCUGGCUCUGUUCACCCAGCUCACCGUGCUCGACAUCCCCAAAAACAACAUCAGCGAGCUGCCGCCGGAGAUCGGUGAGGAUGAAACACCAGAUUUACAACACCGAAACCACAACGCCUGUACUGAGCUGCCGUUUGAGCUGAGCAGCCUGAAGCAGCUGGUCCACCUUGACAUCGCAGAAAACAGGUUCAUAUCGAUCCCCGUCUGCGCUCUGAGGAUGAGCAGCCUGCAGCUGUUGGACCUGAGCAACAACAGUCCUGACGGACCUGCGCAGGACAUGGACAGGUUGGAGCAGCUGGCCACUCUGUUCCUCCAUAAGAACAACAUGAAUUACCUUCCUCACUGUCUCACCAACAUCUCAACACUCAAGAUGAUCGUCGUCAGCGGCGACGACAUCACCUGCUGCCCGACCAAACUGUGCAGAAACCCCGAAAUCAAGUUUAUCCGACUGCGUGACAACCGUGCGAGUGCCGAGAAGAAGAAGAAGAAAGAAGAGGAGAAGAAGAACAAGAGGAGGAGGUGGAAGCAGCAAAGGGAGGAAGAGGAGGAGGUGAAGAAGGACAGCAGAGAGAAGGAGUUCAUGGAGGCGUACAUCAGCUUGCUGAAGGACAGAGACACCAUCCCCGAGUCCACCACCAAGGUCUCCAUCUCCUGUCUGCUGUGAGGAGGAGGAGGAGGAGGAGGAGGAGGAGGAGGAAGGAGGUCUGUCAUCACGUGAGUGACUGAAAGAGAAUCUGAAGAAGCCUUUUUCAAAGCAGCACUAGAAGAAGAUAUAAACCAACAUGCUGUAAUUGCUGUUAGCAUGUUAGUACGUUCUUAGCUUUGACUCACUGAGGAGAAACAAUCAGGAAGGUUUCAGAGUGAUGUCAUGUUUGAGUCAGGGGGUUUUAUGGAAGUGUAUGGAAGACUAUUUAUGCCACAAUAACAACAAAAAGUCAAGUUAAAAAAUUGAAUUCUUCACAUUAAGUCAUAGCGUUGACAUAAUAAAUCAGAAUUAAGAUUUAAUCAGUAAAUAUUUGGGAAUAGUGAGUCAAAAUUUGGACUUUCUCAAUUAAAAUGAUGAGAUUUGAAGUCAUAAAUUAUCAAAUUAAAAUAAAUAAAAAAGUGUAAUUUAUGAUGAGUCAAAAUCGAAAUCUCAAGUCAACACGAUGACAUUUUAAAUUUCUAGAGAUAAAUAAAAAUGAAAAAAUAAAUAAUAAACAAAUGAAAUGAAAUUAUUAAGUCAAAAUAAAAAGAAUUCUAAAUCUGGCACAUUCUUAUAUUUCACAUAAACAACAUAUAUAAUAUAUAUCUAAAGAAAUUAUAAUUAUUUCAGUAUUUUGACUUCAUAAGUCAUAAUUGGAUUUUUGUCUUAGAAUUUAAAAAUAUAAAAUGUUUUCUACAAAAUCUCUCAAAUGUUAAACAGCUGCACAUGUAUACACAUAAAAUACAGCUGGAGGAUUAUAACGAAGAUUAAAUAAGCUUUUUAAAUAAAUGAAAAUAAACAUAAAUAAAAUAGAUACUAAGUCAAAAUACAAAUUCUGGCAUAUUAUAUUUUGGCAUGAACCAUCUAUAUAAAUAUAUAUAUAAAAAACUGUCUCAAUAUUUUGACUUCAUAAGUCAUAAUUUUGACUUUUAUCAUUUUAACAUUUUCAUCUAUUUUUUUCUUCCGUUGGCAGUAAUGAACUUCCAUAGAUUUAAGUGUUUAAAUGUUUGAAUGACUGAAGGUUUUGUUUGUGAAACAUCAACAACAAGAGUUAAAUGUAUUUCAUGGAUUCCUGCUGACUGAGAAACCUUUUAGUGUUUUUAAAUUAAUUUCUGUUUUGUCAAAAAUAACUUUUCAUUCCAAAAUCAGAUUUCCAACAUUUAAACAGUCUGACGUCGUCGACUCACUGAACUUCAAAACAGGUUUACAAACUGAAUGUUUUAGAAAUGUUGAUUCUUUAAUAUCUCACGGUUUUGUGUGAUUGCAUAUUUGGGAUGAACUGGAUUUUAUGGUUUGAAGGUGUGAAUGUGACCAAACAGAACAGGGGCUGAACGAAAUAUUGAUUUACAUGUUUAAACAGUGUGUUGAUUGAAUCUUAUUAUUCAGUAUAUUAUAUAUCAGACAGUUUGUGAAUUAGGUAAUUUCCUGCUAAAGUUGAGCUGAUGAACUAAUUAGAUUUAUUUUAAAAAGAAAUCAAAUCAAAUCUGCAAUAAAAUGUGUAAAUACAAAUUAUUACAAACACAUUCAGUGAUUUUAUUCCCGUCAAUUUCUUUAAAAAAAAGGAAAUAAAUAUUUUUACUUUAUAUUUUUGUUAGUUGUGUAACUGAUUUUUCUGUGUGACGCUUUGAUUGAGAAGUUUGUUUUUAUUCUGAUAUAUUUUGUUAAAUUUGAAUAAAUGUUUGUGAAGAUG